CACGUGAUGCGACCGACCCACCUUGACUCCACCCCGCACAACAGAUUGCGACACGUAACCUCUCCACCACCAGAAACAUAAGCCUCGCAAGCUUAGCCGACCAUAAACAGGGGAGAGCCAGUUAGGGGGCUGCGCAUAUUCUGUUCUUCCCGAUGCUGCGGCAGCGCAACCCAUUCCGUGCUCCCAGCGAGGAUUCAAUAUCCACUGCGACAUUAGACGUACAACAGCAGGAUGAGAUAAUUGCAAGGCUGUCUUCUGAAAAUGAACGCAGCAAUGCCGCGCUUCACGUAGCCUUGCAAGCGAUUUUGGGUGCAUCCAUCGUGUUGCAAUUAUUUUUCUUCUUUCAAGCAUCAACGCGCAAUCCAGCCUGGACACCACUUUCCGAGGUACUGCCUUCCGAAAACCCGCAGCCCAGGAUCCCCGUGGCACACUUCUGGACACUCCUAAACAUCUUGUACCAUGUGCACUCGAUUCUUCUCCUCCGUCCGGGUUACAUCUCUCCUGCUCUCUUGGAAACCUAUAUCAGGCGCGUGCAUUCAAUACCAAUUUGGCUGGUUACAAUCAUUGCACCGACUCUCUCCGUCCUAUUGAGACGCGAUGUUCCUCAGUAUGUGUGGUGGUCUAUUCCCGGAUGUGUAACAGCCGCUGUUACAUCUGCGAAGCAGUCGAUCAAACAGUCUAGAGAGGACAUCUUACACCUAACGAAUCUAAAGUACAAUCUACAAGGGGCAUAAACGUGCUCAAUGCUACGUUUUUUUAAUGGAUGAUCUCUGUAUCGCUGGAACGUUGCGGCAAGGCUGGUGGCUAGCAUCAGUUGAUAGAUAGCACGUUAUGCUCUGCAUCGUGUCUCCCUGUCCCAUCUCUCGCUAUUAAUUAAUGCCCGCGCUGUGUAUACAAACCAUGGUGCGUUUUACGUGCAUAUCGCCCCUAUAUGUGAAGAAUCACUCUCGGCUGGCCCCAAUCACACUAAUCCAGCGGGAAUCGUAUCCCUCGU